UGUCCGCGACUGCAGACAGAGCAGGACAAAAACACAGAUGGAGAGAGUUCAGCUUAGAAGAAGCACUUCUUUUUUCAUUCUUGCUUCCUGUUUUCUGUCUGGUUCUUCUGUGCAUCUUGUCAACAAAAUCUUUUUUGACUUCUCAUGUCUCUCAACCUCUGCGUCCUGACAAAGCUUCCUCCACUACUCGCUCCUCUCUCUGUGUCUCGGGCUGCCUCCCGUCCCUACUUUUUGGAUGGAUAGCUACUCCCUGCUCUACAGUUCCUCCCACAGAACUGGACUUCUCGCGGGCUUCCAGCGCCUGCGCUCCGAGAGGAGGAUGUGCGACGUUGUCCUAGAGGCCGGCGGCGUCUCCUUCCCUUGUCAUCGUGCCCUUUUGGCCGGCUCAAGUGACUAUUUUUGGGCCCUUUUCGGAGACGCUACCGCUGAAAGAUUAGCGGGUGCCAUUAGCCUCCCGGUGCUAACGCCUGAGGGCUUAGACACCGUGCUGGACUUCCUGUAUUCGGGCUGGCUCAGCGUGUCGCCCUCCACGCUUCCUGUCGUCCUGGAAGCAGCCAGGUACCUGCAGGUGGAAACCGCUGUGUCGAUAUGCGAGCGUUUCAUGACUGAUGGUUUAAACUCUGAGAACUGCUGCGGCUAUGCUAAUCUGGCCGAGCGCCAUGCCCUUCACGGCGCACUUGAGGCCGCCAAUCAAACCAUCGCCAUGGAAAUGGGGAGCUUGCUACAGGAAAACAGGGACGAUCUCCUCGGGCUGAAUAGCCAAUCGCUGAUGGCGGUGCUUGACGCGGACGAGAUACCUGGCGUCAAGGAGGCGGAGCUCGUAAGGCUGGCUCUGGAUUGGCUGGAUGAGAAUGGGCCCCUCCCCCUCCUGAAAUCGAAUCUUCUCCUGAGUCGCCUGCGUUUCGGGCUAGUCGCCCCUUCUGACCUCUCAGAUCUAAGCCACGCCCACAGAGCCAUGGCCACACCCUUAAUCAGAAGUCAGGUGACUCGAGCCCUGGAGUACCACAGGCUGGGUUCAGCUCAGCCAAUCAGACAGAGCAGACAGUCGACACUGAGGGUGUCAUCCGACCGGGUUCUGCUCGUGGGCGGGGGCUCUAACGCUGUUUGGCCCGAGCAGCAGGUCCUGGCGUUUGAUCCCAGAUGCAGGAAGUUCUCGUCUCUGAGUUGCGUUCUCCCGCUGCGACUGAGACAUCACUGCAUGUGCUCAGUGGGAGGUUUCCUCUUUCUGAUUGGAGGAGAAGAAGUGAAAGAGGGAGAUGACGAUGAGAAGAAGUCCGUCACCGUGGCAACGUCCAAUCAAGUGUGGCGGUACGAUCCUCGCUUCGGCUGCUGGGAGAAGGUGGAGUCCAUGCUGGAGAGGCGGGCGCAGUUCAGCUGCUGCGUGGUGGAGGACGUUAUUUACGCCAUCGGCGGGCGACACACGCGACCGGACACCAGCACACACGCCUCGGUAGCUUCUGUUGAGUUUUAUGACAUGGCCUCGGGAGGGUGGAGGAGAGGAGCAACGAUGCCCCGCCCCCUUUAUGGUCACGCCUCUGCUGUGCUCGGCAACAGCAUUUACGUGUCAGGGGGUCUUCCAGGCAGCCCAGGCGGUGUCCACGGCGGCAACCAGGGUGACAACCAGGAUGAAAACACUCAGAGCAGCAGAGACGUCCUCUCCUGGGACCUCAAAGGCAGAGUCUGGGAGAAGAGGGCCUCCAUGUCCAUCGCCAGAUUCAGUCACCGCAUGGCGACCGCCCACGGCCACAUCUACGCCCUCCUGGGGAUGUACGAGCCUUUCUGCCAUAUCGAGCGCUACGAUGCGCGGUCGGACCACUGGACGCGCCUCAAACCGCUUCUCACCGGCUCCUUCGGCUACGGGAUGGCGUCCAUGCCUUCCGGGAACCUGCUGGUGUUCGGAGGGAGGAGGUGGAGCGACGGGCAGGAGGUGGUCGUGAGGAGCGUGCUGGAGUACGACGCGAAGGAGGAUCGCUGGAGAGAGAUCUGCCAGCUCCCCAGACCUCUCACCGGGACCGAGUGUACACUGCUGCCUAUGCCUGACUAAAAUACACAAAAUGUGAGAAAAGAUUUGACAAGUGACGAGAGCUGGUGCCUCAAGUGAGACAAUCCCGCUUAGAGUUGGCUUUACCUCCUGGUUCUAGCUAAAGGACAGAGAUAUCGUGCUCUAACUAAGAGGAGGGGCGUAGUUCAAAUAUGCUGUGGUGUAGUUUUUUAAAUAACAGGUGCAGUUAUUCAAAUUUAAUUACAGUGUGUAAUUAUGGUGAACACUGUUGAGAGGUGUCACACUGAUUUCUCAGUGACUGAACGCAAUGGCGCGCUAGGAAAAGGCUUUUAAAGAGUGUGAUAGAGGAUGAUUUAGUAGAGGAAAGAGUAAGAGGAGGCUGAGCUCAGCUGCAGAGGAGGGAAUCAAGAACAAGUCUAAAGAGGAGAUAAGGUGAGGACGUCUGCGGAAUAAAAAAAUUAAAAAAACCCGACCGAGCUGAAUAUUUUACAGGGGUUGCAGACAGGAGUUGGUGUGACAUUCCUGUUUAUUCACUAGUCAUAAAUAAUUUAAGUUUUCACCACCAAACAGAAAGAGUAAAUUAAAGCAACAGAAAAAGCACCAGCAAGGUAAUAGUUAGGUGUACCACAUCAGUACUAUUUAUUUUAUAGUGCAUUUUAAAUUAACUGGAUGUUUCAGUAUAUCCUGCUGCAAUUAUCGCCAAUGAAAAUCCAUUAAACAAAAGUAUAAUGCAGCGGGACUAAAACUUCGACAAUUCAACGAUUGCUAAUACAUGUGCAUUACAGUUAAACUAUUAUUGGAUUUUAAUGUGAUUUUUUUGCAGAGUUGAACAGUUUAACAUUCCAACUGAUCGUAACAUGAAUCCUAAUAAAAUUCACUCAGUUUUUGUUGAGAACCACUAAAACAUAAAUGUGACCAUCUCUGCUGUAUCCAGUCCAAACACUUUAUGGAAAGAGAACUUUUACUUGAGUAAGAUUUUGAAAGCAAACACUUACUUUCACUGCAGACAAAUUUAGGAGGACACUUUUAAGUACGAUUUUUAGAAAAACUUAAACUUAAGUAAGAUUUUAAAGAGUUUUCACUUUUAAAUAAUUAAGACUUUUUAAAGAGAACAAACAUUUACUUUCACUAAGGUCAAUCAUUUUGAAAUACACUUUUACUUAAGUAUGAUUUUUAAGAAAUUUUACUUGGGUAAGAUUUUAAAGAGCUUUUACAUAACUAAAACUAGAAAUAGGAUUUUCAACUUUUACUUUUUUGGUUUGAAGGGAAACUUGUGCUUUUAGUUAAGUAAUGUCUUCAAGCAGAGCUUUCUAUAACUUAAGUGAGGUUUUGAAGAGCUUUUACUUGAUCUUCUGCAAGAAUGUAAAGGUGAAAUUUUACCUAAGCAAGAAAGCUUCUCCUUUCACAUAAGUGUGACUUUCAACUCCUUUGUUUUAAAGGAAAAUUUGUACUUCUGCUGAAGUAACAUUUUGAAUGAGGUAUUUUUACUAAACAAAAAAAAACAUUUGAAAGGGGUAUUUUUUAUUCAGGUACGAUAAGAGACAUUUCACUCUAACAUUUUAAGAGAGAUAUUUAAGUUUUACUCAAGUAACUUUUUGAAAGACGUGUCUUGUUUGUGUAGGAGUACUCUGAAAGUGUGUUAUUGGUACUUUUAAUUAAAGUAACUGAUCACUUCUCCCCCUGCUGUCCACUGGUUUGUCGUGCCCUUUUUUUCCCCCUCCACAAACCAAAAGAGACAACAAAAACACCUUUAUCCAAAUGACCAAAACUUUAUUGAUCCACCCUCGUCUUCCAACAGAACACGUAGAAUUAUCACGUAAAUAAAUACUGUUUUGUCUUAUCAAUAAUUUAUGGAUUGAACAUUAAACAAUCUUUACUCAACGACAAGCUGUCCAAAAUAACCUGACAGAAUUAGAGAAGAUCAUCCAAGACACUUAGUUUGCACUCUUUAAAUAGAGAUCUACUGUAUCUAGAGAUUUCAAACACAAAAACAGAAAAGGUAUACUGGUUUUUAUCUACAACGAAGAUAACAUGCUACUACAACCAACCACGGGCAGCAGCAUAGAAAGAGCAUUCAAACUGAGUGUACUGUGUGCUUUAUCAGUGUCUAUUUGUGUGUGCGAUUGCUUUCAUAGUUUUGUGCAGCGUCUCUGAGUAUCAAGUCUUUUGGCAGCAGCGUACAAAUAAACUAAUAUAUAUAUAUUUUAUAUAUUUAUUAGAUCUUUAUUUCAGUUCCUAUGCAAAUAAUUCCUCAAAUAUUUCUCUAUGUGGCAUGCAGUUUACUGGGAGCCGAAUGUUAUCUGAGGAAAAAUCCACCCGGGAAAACUCUUAUACUGUUAGAUAAAAUAAAGUGAAUUAUCCGUGAAUUAGUUUUCGGUCGAAACGCAUCUUGGGCGACCUAAACGUAAUGUCUGAAUUACAGAAGGUAAGAAUCUAAAACUUAAAAAAGAGAUGAGUAGUUUACAUGACAGUAAAGUUGUAAGUAAUUGGAGCUGUUUUCGUAGUAUUUCUGCAGAGAUUACAGCCCCUACAGUGGAAAAAAGUUGGAACAUAAGCUGAAAAAAACAAUACUGUUGUUGGUCGAAAACAUUUAUCCAGUAACCUUGUGUUACACUUUUUAAAGUCGACUUCAAACCCAAACUUCUCUGAUUUGAUGAUUCUUAUAAACAUCUCUCUCUGCCAAAACUAAAAUGGCUCAAUAUGGUACAAAACUAAAUCAGCUCCCUCUAAAUUUAGUGAAAGGCAUUUGCGAUAAUAUUUCAUUAAUUUCAAUCUGAGAUAAGGCCCCUUUUCACAACAAUAAGUAAGUAUGCUGCCCCCUGUUUGCAGUGUUUUCCGGUGCCUGGUGUAUUAUCCAAAGACUACCAUCGUUAUUGUACAAAAGCUACUGUGAAAAAGGAGCUAAUGCUGUUUUCAGUAUUGAACACACACAUAUUUAUAUAUAUACACCAAAGUCUCUUCUAUUUUAUUGCAAAAUAUGUAUAUAUCAAGACUAUUAGAAGCAAUUUAAAAGUUUAAAUGCUUUCUUGUAAUGGCAACAGUUUUACUCGGAAUAUAUGUUCUUUUUUAAAUAAAAUAAAAUAAAAUAAAA